UUUUUUGGCCCGGUUUCUUCAUUCUUCAUUCAUUGUCAAAUUUAUCAACAAUGCAAUUUUUAUGAAUUUUUGUUUAGAUUGACUUGUGUCUUCUCUGUUGGUGAAUAAAUUUUCCGUAGCGAAUAAUAUUCAUUUUAAUUUCAUUAUAUAUAAUCACAGCUGCAGAUUGCCUUACGAAUUCGAUACAUACACAACCGAAGUUAUAAUCCAAAAUGCGUGAUCAUAGUUAUGCAUUUGAAACUGUGACUCCAGAAAUGUGGAUUGCCAACGAAGAAAUGUGGCGGGAAAAGCUGCUCGGUCUUCCAAAUUGGAGUGAGAUACCUUUAAUGAACUGCAAUGCCUCCCACAAUCUCUCAGACAAUACCCUUGUCAGAUUUCGGGGGAUGAUCCAGGAUAUGCACAACCCGGAGUUCUACUUUGAUCAAUUUGAAGUUUACAAUACGGCAACUAAAGAGGUUAAGCUGAAAAGUGGAAAGUUUCGGGAUACAGCUAAUAUUCUGGAAAAUGAGAAAGUGAACUAUACGGAAAACUGCAAAGGAGCCCAAAGGCAAACUAUGGUUGUGGUAUCAAUACCUGGUUUGAAUGACUGGGCACAAAAUAUUGAGAACGAAAGAAAUUUCUUGCCACAUUUGGACUCUCAGCCAAACACAUCCAGGCGUCUCAGUCAAUCGAAACUAAAACGGAGUUACGAUGACCACGAUGUUGAGGGAGAGUGUGCGGAUGUUACGGAGAAUGUGAACGGUGUUAAAGAGAUGAAGAUCAGUGAGGAUGCGAUAGUGACGGGAAAUGCGGUUUCUCGGGAACAUUUAUUGAAUUUUCCACUGCCUGAUGUGCCAAGCAAAUCAUGUAUUGUAAAGAUUUACAAUGACCAAGAGAGCCUUAAACUCAAUGAGAUGAUCGAAGUGGUUGGCUUCCUAUCAGUGGACCCGGCUCUCUCCGGAGAAUUCUCCGAGAAGAAUCCAUUGGAGCCCGAGAUUGAGACGGAGGCUGAGACAAUCACACAUAACCCCCCACCAAGUUUAGUGCCGAGGUUACACGCUGUACAUGUGAAGAAACUGGACCAUUGCAAUCCAUUGGUCAAAGAUAAUAUAGAUCAAGCUGCUGUAUUGAGCGAGGCGAGUUGCGCAAGAGAGCAUCUUCUUAAAGCUCUGACUGAAUUACUACUCGGUGAUAAACUGGCGGCCGAAUACCUUAUCUGCCAUCUCAUUGCGUGCAUCUACCUCCGCCAAGACACGAUGGCUCUAGGCCAGUUCAGCCUUAACAUAUCCAAUUUGCCCACGGAGAAAUAUCCAGACUACGCCAAUCAGCUGUACAACAUCAUUAAACAAUUUGUCACCAAAAGCUAUUACUUGCCGCUCACGAUUGAGAACAUGAAUACUAUGGCACUCUUGCCAAUAAAAGACUAUGAAUGCAACCGUCUCACAAGCGGGGUGUUACAACUGAGUAAACACACACAUUUAAUUUUAGACGAGACAAAAAUGCAGCAAGGCACUUUAGACGCUAGCGGUGUCAAGAACAUUACCGCUUUGGGCAACAUGAUCAAGAAUCAGAAAGUGGAAUAUGAUUUCCGCUAUUACAAAAUGGAUUUCGAAUCGGAUGUACCGGUGUUGGUUCUGUCUGAAGGGAAAUCUUUGUUGCCUAGUGACUACCAUGUCGCUCUAAAGCCAGAAGAGGCGUCAUUGAAGAUAUUCGACGCAAUUGUAGAAGCUGCUACGUACUAUUUGAAAGAGGAUAUAAUGAAUCUCAUCAGAAUUUACCUGACUAGUCUUAAGUUCGUCAAGUACACUGUAAAUGAGGAUUUAAAGUUCGUAGAAGACGAUUUCAUAGAAAUGCGGCGUAACUCCAAUCCUGACAACCCAGUGAGUGCGGACGAACUUCACAAAUUAUUAGUACUGGCAAGACUGGUUAGCUUGUCGCGAGGGUUCGACACGUUGCACAAGGAUAACUGGGACUUAGCGAGGCAAAUGGAGAAAGAAAGAAUUGAACGAUUGAAUAGGAGUAGUAUUUAAGUUUAAACAAUA